AUGUUCUGGGCUUCGCAUGUGCCACGACCAAAGCCAGGGCCAGAUUGCCAGGACUUCAGGAAGCUGAACCGCACGGCCGCGAAAUGUGGGGUCAGGAAUGCCAGAGACCUGGCAGAGUUUAGAAAGCACACCGACAUCAAACUGGUGCCUCCGGGUCCCAUGGGUGUUCUGCCCAAAGUCAUCCCCUCGGAUGUGAUCCCAUCGUUUGCCUACGGCAGCAAGUCUCGGCCUUCGACUCCCAUCACUCAUGUGAUCGGAAAUCAGUAUGCCACAGAGUCCGAGGAGGCACGAUGUUGCAAGGAUCAAUUCAUGUCUUGCAUCCGCGUCACAUAUAAAUUUUCAUCGAAAGAGGUGCUUUGUUUACUCCCUGGAAAGAGAAUACGUUCCUUGAUGAUGUUACAGCCACAGCUGUUAAAACAUCAUGCCUUGUAA